UCUCUUAGCAUCCCUCCUUCAACCAUUCAGCCUCUUACCUUCCACGAUAUAUUUUUCAAACAUAUAUCACCAUCUAACAUACAAACCAUAUCCAAAUUCCUGAUUGCAUCCAAUAUAAAGCUGUAGUGAUUAAGACAGACCUAAUACUUGUGUGCAUGCAGUGCUUCGCCAAUCAUGACCUGAUCGUAGUGUCCAUACACGUAACCGUAGUGUCCAUACACGUAACCGUAGUGCUUCACCUCACAUUAGUGCUUACACUCUAAUGCAGACGGACAUUGCUUGUUAACUGACCUCAAACUACAGUCGAACUUUGUUAUAGCGCAAAACCAAGUGGGGUUUGGGUCCAACUCAGAUCCACUUUAGUGUGGACUCCACCUGUAGUAGCAACAUGCUCCUGGAACUCCUGGCUGGAUAGCCCUGGCAGCUGAAGCCAUUAAUGGAAAAAGAAGAAGAAGAAGAAAUAUUUUUUGACAAGACAAUUGACAGUUGACUUGGACAUGUCCCUUUCACAAGAUGUAUAAAAAUUUUAAAAAAUUUUAUUUUACAACAAUCUAAUGUUAUUAGUGCCAUCCACAUUUUAUUAUAAUGUUCUCAGUCUUAACCAGUUAUCCAGUAUCAUGAGUGUUCAUAAAUCAUCACAUUUUCAAAGUGUUUUAAGAAAACAAUUCUCGUGCUUGCUUCAUAUACAUAACCUCAACUUUCAAACCCAAAGCAAAGCAAGAAGUAGGUGACGAUGCAGCACACCACGGCCUCCCCGCAGCAGUUCUGCCUGCGCUGGAACAAUUACCAGUCCAACUUGACUAACGUCUUCGACCAGCUCCUGCAGAGUGAGUCCUUCGUGGACGUUACCCUCGCCUGCGACGGGCACUCCGUCAAGGCGCACAAGAUGGUGCUCUCCGCCUGCAGCCCCUACUUCCAGUCGCUGUUCUUCGAGAACCCCUGCCAGCACCCCAUCGUGAUAAUGCGCGACAUCAAGUGGCCUGAGCUGAAGGCCGUCGUGGAGUUCAUGUACAAGGGGGAGAUCAACGUCUCCCAGGAGCAGAUCGGGCCGCUACUGAAGGUGGCCGAGUCGCUCAAGAUCCGCGGCCUGGCAGACGUCCACGGAGAGCAGGACGUCGCCACCCAGGCCGGCGAACUCACCACCAGGCCAUCCUCUGUGAAACCGACACCGACGUGGGAAAACAGGCCGCCGCAGGACGUGGAGCCGGACGCCUCGAGGGCGAAGAAGAGACGCAGACCUUCCGCAGAGAGGAGCAGCCUGAGCAGCCCCGCCGAAAGUGCGAGCACCGAGAUUCCGGAGCCUCCGCCGUCGGUCGAGAUGUCUCCGGCGCCUUCCGCGACGCCGUUGCCGCCGACGCCAGCGACGGCCGAACCCCUGCAGCUGACGUUGCCGCUCGCGCCACAGGCGCAAGGGUCGCACGGCACAUCUGACGACAUGGAGAUCAAGCCUGGCAUUGCUGAGAUGAUUCGGGAGGAGGAAAGGGCCAAGUUACUGGAGUCUUCACAUGCUUGGCUUGGUGCCUCCACAUCUUCAAUAGCCGCAGACAGCUACCAAUACCAGUUGCAGUCGAUGUGGCAAAAAUGCUGGAACACAAAUCAAAGUCUGGUUCACAACUUGCGCUUCCGGGAAAGAGGUCCCCUCAAAUCGUGGAGACCGGAGACUAUGGCCGAGGCGAUAUUCUCAGUACUCAAAGAGGGGUUGUCGCUCUCUCAGGCAGCAAGAAAAUACGACAUUCCAUAUCCCACUUUCGUGUUAUACGCCAACAGAGUACACAAUAUGUUGGGACCUUCUGCAGACGGUGGAUCUGAUUUACGACCGAAAGGAAGAGGAAGACCACAAAGAAUAUUACUUGGAGUUUGGCCAGACGAACACAUUCGAGGAGUUAUCAGAGCAGUUGUCUUCAGAGAUUCACAUCAAAUCAAGGAAGAACCUCAUCUGACGACUUAUCCAAGAUUACAUGAUGGUGUAACAAUCCAAAGCUACCAAAACCAGAACUCUUGCAGCAACGGAUCGGACCCCAACAACGUCUCCCCAGGAGCUGCUGCUGCCGCAGCUGUAGCCGCGGUCGCCCAAGGCCUUAGACAGCAGAUGUGCAGCAUGGUAGCGGCAGCACACAGCCAAAGCACUGCGCACGACACCAACCCGGUGGCUAGUUUGGUAAAUUCCCUCGCACUAGCCGGACACUGCGGAAACAUGUCGAUGCCUCCCAGCAACGGGGCGCCCCCUAUGAGCAUGAGCCAUUUAGCGUCGAUGCGCAACAUGAGCAGUCCCGCUGGCAGCAUACAGGACCUCAGGAUAAGUCCUGCUGAGUCUGCUUUGGAGAGCCCCAUUUCAUCGCCCUUGGGCCUGACGGUGUCCAGUUCUAUGGAACCUUCCAUUAAUAUGAAUAUUGGAAAUACUAUGGAUGUGGGCAUAGGUGUAUCUGGCAUGACAUACAAACCCGCCAGGUCGUUUACUUCGCCCCGCCCCGAAAAUCUCUUCCAAGAAGAUAUCGACGACUUGGUGAAACCGAUGCAUUCUUCCACACCGCACCAGAAGGAGACAAUGGCGACCAUAAAGAUGGAACCCUUAGCAGAAUGUCGCGGCGAAUGAACCCAGACAAUGUUGAAAUGUAAUGUGAUAAAUUAUUAUUAGUUCUAGGGAAUUUGAAAACCCGGCAUUUUAUUUAUAUCGUUGAGAAAAUUCAAAUUUUAGUGCGUAGUAUAUUUUGGACAAUUUUUAUAUAAUUUAUCUAGAAGCCAAAGUUUCGGCCAGUUCUAUAAAAAAAGACUGUUGUGUAUAUGUAUACUAUUGUUCUAAAUUCAAAAUAGAAUAAAUUUAUUCUAGUA